AUGCAGGCCAAUAAGGUGGACCCAAGGCUGUGGUUACAGAACAUGCAGCAGUGGCAAGUCGGGCCUGUCCCGGAGUAUGUCUACACCAACUCUCAUCAGCCAACCGAGAUGCACAACCCUCACCAGUACCAGAACGACAUGACUCGUCGUCCUGAGAACAUGGAAUUCCGCUACGGCGCCCCUCAACCUAAUAUGGCACCGCAGCAACAACAGCAACCCCAACAGCAGCAGCAGCAGCAACAUCACCCGGCGCCUGUUCAACCUCCUCCCAUGAACGUUCCUCAGCAGCCUCCAAACGGUGCUGCACCUCAGCAAGUACCUACUCCCUCUCCAGCGCCAGCUGGUCGGUCACGAAAGAGGCCGGCACCUGGUGCCGCUGGACCCCCGGCCACAGCUGCUCCUCCUGCCCCUGUCACCCCAUCUCAAGUUCAACCUCCUGUCGCAGCUCCUCCCCCACCCCAGGCGGUUCCUCAACAACCACAACAAGUCCAGACAGAUGAUGCGAACGCAGCACCAGUUGCGCCUCCACCGGCCAAGAAAAGCCGGACCAACACCCCUUGGACACCACAAGAAGAGUUGCGACUGAAGCAAAUGCGGGAUGCCGGCAACAGCUGGGCAGAGAUUGCCAAGACUUUCCCUACCAGGACAGAAGGAUCUGUCAAGAAGCAUUGGUACAAGGACAUGCAUUAUGCUGAGUUUGCUGAGGACGAGAGCCAAGCGUUAUUGAACGCCAUCAAGGAGUACGAGAACAACAAGUGGAAGUCAAUUGGGCAGAAGGUCAACAAACCUGCCAAGGCUUGCGAACAGUACGCCAAAGAACACUUUCCAGAUUUGUUCCCUAAUUCCAAGAGAUAG